UAUUAUUUAAACUUGGGACCUGUUAACUGGGAGGUCCAAAUAUGAUGUGAACGUUCAUGAUUCCAUUGGAUUUGUAACUGAAUUGUGGCCCCAAAACACUGUAAUUUUGAUCCAGUUAGAAGUCUACCUUCUCUGCGUCCCAUGUCAAUAUUUAACAAAUGGGCCUCUUCUAUUUGUAAUCUUGCGUACACGGGGCAAUGUCCUCCCAAAUACUCACUUUCCACAGCUCUCACGAGAACAGUCAACAUGGAGGAGGGUGCCUAUAACAAACUGAUACAUCAGGAGGACAUGAGCGUGGACGAGCCGCCGCUCCGCCCAAACCGGGAGAACCCACAAGUUUCCUUGUCAGUGGCGAGGCCUUCAUCCACUUGGACCACUCACAGAGUGCUUGAAAUCACACUGGCUGUCCUUGCCGCAGUCCUAUUAGCAGUGGAUAUUGGCCUGGGAGUCUAUUACAACAACCUCACAGAUCAGUUUUCGGAUGUGACGAGCAUCAGCCGCGAGGUGGCCGCGCUGAACGCGGCCCACGAGGCCGCCUUAAAGAAACGAGCUGAAACCGACAUGCGUUUGGCACACGAGAAGCAAAAGCAUCAAGUGAUCAAGUGGGAGCUGGAAUACCAAACCAAAAGAAGCGGGUACUACGCGAAGCAGGCCGACAAAAUCCAAACGGACAUUUCAAUCUUGAAAUCCCACGUGGUAAUGAUAGAGGAGGGCUGCAGACACUGUUUACCAGGAUGGACUUUCAUCAGCUCCAAAUGUUUCUUCCUUAGCUUCUCUGACACAUUUUCGCGCAGGUCGUGGGAGGAAGCCAGGGAGUACUGCAAAAAGCACGACAGUGACCUGGCUGUGAUAGACAGCUCAGAGAAGCAGCUGAGAAUAAAUCAGCUAAUAAAUCUUCAUCAAGACCCAUCAAGAUCCUUAUCCUUUAGCGGCUUCUGGAUCGGAUUGCGAGAUGCAGAGAGUGAAGGUGUUUGGAAGUGGCUGGAUGGAACACAAUUAAAUGAAGGCUACUGGAAUGAUGGGGAGCCCAAUAACGUAGGCGAUGAGGACUGUGUGGCCACCUACCCCAGAAACAACCCCUUUAAGGGUUGGAAUGAUGCCCCGUGCGUAAACAAUCUAAAAUGGAUUUGUGAAAUGUCAGCCAGUUAGUGUCUUUUUUUUUCAUUGCCAAGAUUAAAGGAAGUCAAGGAUUGUUACAAUU